GCCGAGAGACCGACCGAGCGCGUGAUGAAUAUCUUGAGCGCUGGCACGCAGCUCGGCGCUGGCCAGUUGAAGAAGCUUGUCGUGUGCUCUGCAUGUGGUGGCAAGCCUGAGCCUAGCAGCCACAUGUACGUCGCCCUCGACCUCUGUGCCGUUGAGACGUGCGGUGCGCCCCAAGUCCGCAAUUUCUACUGCACGCAGCACAUUCGGUCUCUGGAGCUCCAGCCCUGGAAGCGAUACCCAGUGGACUUUUGUUUUCGCUGCAAGCGGGACGCGCUCAGCGUGCACGCGGACGGCCAGUCGAUGGUGACCUUUGCCGUCACGGAGCCCGACGCCCUUUUGCAUCUUCUUGCCAAGCCACCGCCCUCGACCGAGGUGCGCAUGAAGCGACCGUCGGUCUUCAAAAUGCUGCCGCUCCGCAAGAGCUUGGUCGUAAAGCGGCCGGUCGGCCGACCGCGCGGCCGACCUCGCCAAGUGGCGUCGUUCCAUCCGUUCGGCCUGAAUCCUACGCGCUCGGCGGAUGCCUCGGUGCCCAUCGACGCUGCCGACGACGACGCGUUCGUAGCUUCGCCUGACCUCGAUUAUGAGUUCGGUGAGCCUGAUGAGCCCGAUGCUGGCGAACCCAACGUGGCGGCUGAGGUGACCCCGGAAGUGGCGGGCGAGAUGACCCAGGAAGGGGCCGUCGCUCCGACCCACCCAACGAUCGAGAGCGAGCUCCGUACGAACGACGUGGUGCGACUGUCGGCCAAGCAAGUCGACGCCGCUCAGGAUAUUUCGCCCAUCACCAAAGUCAUGGCUUCGAAGCGGGUCUGCUCGAUGCCCGAGUGCACUCUGGCCGCCAAGUCGCGGGGUCUCUGCAUGAAACACUAUUAUUACGAAGCAAAGCAUCGUCAGUGCCAGCGGUCUGGUUGCAAGCACAUUGCAAAGACGGAAGGUCUGUGCCGCAGUCACUUUAAUGGGUACAACGUCGACUAAUAUAGUACUAUCGAUUUCGUCCAGUGGCGAUUGUCCAAUUUGGCGAAACUGUGUGUUUACCGUGAAA